GAACACUGCGAUAUCUCAUGGAAUGUCCCCAUACUUGCCGAUCUGGGGUUCAGCCAAAUACAAUUAUAGAAUCAGGCAUCAGUACCGUAAUGCCGAUCAACUGAUUCCUAUCAACGUUUAGGAUUGAACCAUAGAGCUCGCCGUGAACCUUCAAAAGCCCCAAUCACGCAUCUAUCAGGAAAUCAUUUCUUCCCUCCUUCCCUCUGUUUUGCUAUGACUUACGUUGUGAACACUGUUCUUGCUGAUCGCGCGAAUUCUAUCAGCCCUGAACACAAACAGCAUGAUGAGGAGCGGCUGGAGGACUCGGUUCUGGACCUCAAAAAUGUCCCAGUGCUGACACCGGAACAGGAGAAGAAACUGUGGAGAAAGAUUGACUUGCGGUUGAUGCCUAUCCUUAGUUUGAUGUACCUUCUGGCUUUCCUUGACAGAGGUAACAUCGGCAACGCGAAGUUGGAGGGUCUCGAGACUCAGCUGGACCUCACAGGAAACAAAUUCAACGUUGUUUUGAUAAUGUUUAUCAUACCAUACUGCCUGUUUGAACCUCCCACUAACCUGGUUCUUAAAGCAUUCCGCCCAUCCAGAUGGCUUCCAGGAAUCAAUUUGGCAUGGGGGAUAAUUAUGACACUCAUGGCUUUCGUGAAGACAUACCCUCAGCUAGUUGGAGUGCGAGUCUGUCUUGGCGUUGCUGAGGCAGGUUUGUUCCCUGGUGUUGUUUAUUACCUUACUUUGUGGUAUCCGAGACACAUGUUACAAUAUCGAAUUGGAUUGUUUUUCGGUGCUGCAACAGUUGCAGGCGCUUUCUCCGGCUUACUAGCCUUUGGGAUCAGUUACAUGGGUGGCAUGGAGGGACUCGAAGCAUGGUCUUGGAUCUUCUUGCUUGAAGGCCUUGCAACGAUAGUUGUAGCCAUCGUUGCUUUCUUUGUACUGGUAGACUUUCCUCACACAGCUAAGUUCUUGACCCCGGAAGAGCGUGAUUUUGUUGUUUGGAGGAAAAAAUACGAUAAUUCGUCAGUCGGCGAGGAAGAGAGGUUCGCGGCCAGGUACAUCUGGGCUGCGUUCAAAGACUGGCAGGUCUGGGUUCAUAUCCUCAUUUAUAUGUCAAUCGUCGGACCUUUGUAUGGCAUCACCCUGUUUCUCCCAACGAUCAUCAAAAGCUUCGGAUAUAACACGCCAGUCAGCCAGCUGCUCACCAUACCACCAUAUGUCGCCGCAACUCUCACAUUGCUCGUUUUUGCACACUACUCUGACAAGUUGAAGAUGCGAUCCCCUUUCAUUCUUGCCGGCCUUACUAUGUGUCUGAUCGGCUUUUCGAUAAAUAUAUCCACCGCACCGAGUGGUGUCAAGUACUUUGGAACUUUCUUCAUUGUCAUGGGAAGCUAUGCAGCGUUUCCUGGCGUGGUUUCUUGGCUCGGAAACAAUCUUUCUGGCCAGUACAAGAGAGGCGUUGGCAUGGCCCUCCAUAUUGGCAUUGGAAACUUCAGUGGUGCCAUUUCAUCCGUGGUCUAUAGAUCGCAAGACUCACCUCGAUUUAUUCUUGGGCAUGGAUUAGAGCUGAUGUUCGUCGGGAUUGGAUUGACCUUGUUACCAACUGUCGUGUUCAUUUACAAGAGGAUCAACGCGCAACGCGACACCGCCGAACGUCUCGCAACAGAGCGGGGAGAGAAAGUGAAAUACUCGGUCCAGGAAUUACGGGAGUUGGGAGAUCGUGCGCCUGACUUCAGAUACACGUUAUAAAAGGUAACAAAACUAUGUCUCAUUUUUUGCCACGACCUAGUACGAGGAUACGACUCUGCAAAAAGGAAUCACCUUUAUUGUCUUCUUUGAAUCGAAUAUGUACAUCUGGUGGAUUAUUUCGCUGUAACUUGUCACUUGGACUGCAAAUAAAGACAUGACAUAGCUUCCACAAAGUGCCUUCCUGCCACAACGUCAGUCUCUCUGUCAAAUAACUUGGUGACUUCGCUCACCUCUCCAACACCCUUGUCUGCGCGCCAUUCACAUAAAG